AUGACAAGUCGCAAAACAGCCGUUCUGAAGAAGUUGAAGAAGAAGACGUUGCAGUACUCGAACGCUGGUAUGGGCUACUGCUGCAUAGAAUUCAAGCUUGCGACGUUUCUGCUCACAGCUGUGUUCCUGGUCGACGGUCGCGAUCUGGAAAGCCUGGAGCAAGAAAUCGCGGCCCUGCGUCCUGGCCUUAUCCUGUGCAGCAGCGGCGGCAGCUCCAUGGGACCCGCGCAGAUGUUGCGUGCGGAGGCCGACAGAGACGUGCAGGUGUGCUGCCUGCGCGAAGACCUCUUGGAACGCGUGGAUGAAGUUGUGGUCCCGUCCUCUAACGGCACUUCAGCCUCUCUCACCAGGGCGGCGCUGUUCGACAAUAUGGCCGCUCAGCCCGACGGACGCUACGCCUGUGUCGCCAUGCAACGAAACCGCACGGCGGCCUCGGACGCGGCCCAUUCGGACGGCAUAAGUGACGGAGUGACCAUUGUGGGAAGUUAGUGAGCGAGAUAGAUAGAUAGAUAGAUAGAUAGAUAGAUAGAUAGAUAGAUAGAUAGAUAGAUAGAUAGAU